UCAACAAUUAUAAGCGAACUGAAAAACUUAAAUUAAAUUUUUAUACAAAAAAAAACAAGAAAAUAUCUAUAAACUUUUUUCUUUUUUUACUAACAAAAAAAUAUUUUACUUGAAAAAUAUUAAAAGUAAAAAACUUCGACUGGAGAAACGGGGGUUGAACUCAAAAAGUUUUACUUUAAAUGCUUUUCAAGUGCUAUUGAGAAAGGAAAGAAUUUUACUAUGGGAAAAUUUUUUGCUUUGCGUCUAUUUUUUAAAAUAUUUGUAAUUUUAAACAUUUUGUUUUUAAUAAACUGUGAUGAAUACGACUCAAUUUCAACAUUUCAAUUGCAAACUGGUUAUAAUAAACCAUUAGAUUUUGUAACGCCACAAUUAUAUAUAAACGGUAACAAUGCUGUUAAAACCAUGCGAAAAACAAAGCAAUUAUUUAAUAAUUAUGUUGGUAAAUUAAAGCAGUUACUAAAAGAUUCAAAACGUCUUGAAUCACCUGAACCCAUCUAUAAUUUUUAUUAUGAAAUUUCAAUAUCAAUCGUUAAUUUAGAACGAAAUACAAAGAAAUUUUACCAGACAGCGCGCAGUGAAUCAUUGAAUUUAUUGGGUAGCUUGAAGAAAAUUCAGUUACGUUAUAUUAAACCACCAAUUAAAGAUGAAUUGUCAGAUUAUUAUCAUGAAAUGGACCAAUUCAUGUAUGUAUUUAUUACAACAAUUGAUAAUUUUGAUGAAUUCAUAAUUGAACAAUUGCGGCGUAUACGAAUGACAUAUGAAAAUGUUGCUAAUAUACAAAAGGAUAUUUUAGGUAGACAGAAAUUAUUACAAGAAGAUUGGUGUCAAACAAAUUAUAAGCAAUUUUUAUUGCUAACAACAUCACAAAUUUAUAAAUGUUCAACAGCAAAUAUGAAAAUUGUUUAUGAUGUUUUUGCCAUAUCAAAACUAAAUAUUUAUUAUUUAAUACAACAGUUGGAACAUCGUCUACAAAAAGUUUUCAAUUGCUUCGAAAAGAAAAAUUAUCAAUUAUAUUGUAGAUUUAUUAAAGAAUCGGAAAAUGAAUUUGAAAAUAUUUUUAAUAAAUUAAGUGAAUUAUUAAUUUAUAAUGACAAACAAAAAUUAAAUCGUAAUUUAUUGAUGAAAGGAUACCAAAAAAAUAAUAAUUAUGACAAUAAAAAUAAUAACCAUAAUGGUAAAAAUAAUAAAAACGAAAAUUACAAUAACAACACUCAAGAAAUGAAGGAGAAAAUUUAUUGCUUACCGGAAAAUUAUCCAAAUGAGCAACUAAUGGACGGUUUACAAGCAUGCUUUUCAUAUUGGGAUUAAAUUUAUGAAUAACUCUUGGACUCUAAUUGGAGUUCAUCACUUUAGUAAAGUUUUUGUGCAUAAACAAUGAUUAGUAACAGAAUGUAUGUGUGUAUGUAAAUGGAAUUUAGCAUAUCCAAG